GCAAAGCAUUUCCCAAAAAAAUAAAGGCUGAAGAAAUAGUCAGCCAAAAUACUUUCUUGUACGGCAGCAAAAAACUCCUAACUCCACAGAUCUCUCAUCCAUGGAGAAGCCGGAUCAAGAAGAAACCGAUCAUCUCAUUCCCCCUCCUCCGCGGCCUCUGCCAUGCGUUGCUUUCUUCGCUGACAGCAGUCUCCAACCCUCCACCUGUCGCUGCAGCUGCCUCUCAUUGCUUUCGCCCUCCUCCCUUCUCUUCGCCGCUGCCGCUUUAUCCGUCCUCGGCUCCGCCAUUUUCCUCCUCUGGCCAUCCGAUCCCCAUCUCCACGUCGCUCGCAUCAGCAUCGACCGCGUCCGUGUCUCUUUCCACCCUUCCGUCUCUGUUUCCGUUGACCUCCACCUCCGGAUCAGCAUUCACAAUCCGGAUUUCUUCUCCCUCGACUACGAUGCCCUAGACGUUGCUAUUGGCUACCGCGAACAGCACCUUGGGUCGGCUCUAUCGGCCGGCGGGCACGUGAGGGCUCGCGGGGUGUCUUAUGUGGAUGCAGAGCUCCACCUCGAUGGGAUCGAGGUGUUGCAUGAUAUCUUCUACUUGAUUGAAGAUCUUGCCAGGCAAUCGAUCCCUUUUGAUACUGUUACAGAGAUCAGGGGGCUUCUGCACUUUCUCUUCUUUGACGUCCCCAUUAAGGGGAGAAUAUCUUGUUUAGUAAAUGUAAACCCAACAAACCAUACCGUCAUUAGACAUGAUUGCCACAUUCAGUGACAAAUUUUAAAAGACAACGGAAUAGUCUUUAUGGAGUUAUCAGCCACUCGGAUGUAAGUGCAACAGUUCGAGCAUAACUGAUUAGCUUGUCAGAUCAACACAAUAUCUAUGCAGCAUUAUUAAGCUCAUCCAAACCUUUGCAGCAAUACCAAGUUUAUGAGAUUAGUCAAAGAGGUGUAGGUGAUUAAUGUAAUGCAUACUAACCACUGAUUCUGUAAUGGCGCAAUAGUCAGUCUUAGCCUGACGGACCAGUAGAUUUGAAUUUGGAAAUCUUUCAACUGGGCUUGAAGAACGGUUGUCCAAAA